CGCAAAGGCAUGGAGGGGGGAAAUUUGAAUUUCGCCUAAAUUAACAAUGAUUAUGAUUCUCGUUUAGUGAAAUUUGAACAAAUAAUUUGGUAGUAUAUUAAAAUUACAGUAAGUUGCAGAUAUGGAUAAUAUACUAUUUAUCGAUAACGCGAGACAAGACGAAAUAGAAACAUUUUACGAAGCUGCUCAACGCCACAGAGACUACUACAGACAGUAUCCAAAGGCCAACCAUCCUUUGUUGUACUUUAGGGACCCGGAAUAUAUGUGGCAAUGUCCUUCUGAGAUGACCCCUGUGUAUCUAUCGUUCCCGAUGUACCACGUGAAGUACAAACAGCCAGUAGUAUUACCAAAUAGUGUUGGCCGAACAUCCGGGAUGCCUUCAUUACCUGACCGCACGCUCGCCGGACGGUACAACAAAGCUGCUUGCAAAGCUUUCGUCAGAUAAAAUGGAUGGAUGAAUAUGG